ACAACAAGGCCAUGCACCAGAGACGCACCGAUCAGUGAUUGGCCCGGCUCUACCCAGCUGGCCGGGGCCGUCCAAUCACGGACCAGUCCGCGAAACCAGUAGCGAAUCUGGAGAUCCACGCAACCAAACGCCCAUCACGUUGCGCACAUGGAUCGGGUCGAGGUGACCACGCCACACCCAGCGGACCGAGGCAGGGUGCCGGAGGAGCGGCUUGUGUAACAGCUGCAUCAGGCAGCGGCACCGACAGCAGCACGGCGCCUCGUUGAAAUGCCCAGUGCGCAGAGGAGGCGGCGCACGAGGCGGCCCUUCGGCGCGACGGGGGCCGCGAAAUAGUUUUGAGGAGAAUCGAACACGCGUUUUUUUGUUAAACAAAAGUGUUCGCGUGCGUGCGUGUGUGUUUUUUUUCCGCAGCUACUUGGAGGAAUGAGAGGCGUGUGUUCGGCUGUGACAAUGGGGUUGUUUUUGCACGCCGUCGGCCCUGUCACCCCCACCGAGCCCGCGGCAGAAAAGAGCCUUCUGCACUGUGAUGGAGUCAACAACCAGAGCUACAUCUGUGAGUCCGGACACUGCUGCGGAAAUUCUCAGUGCUGCAGCUACUACUAUGAGCUCUGGUGGUUUUGGUUGGUUUGGGCAAUCAUCUUCAUUUUGAGCUGCUGCUGUGUGUGUCACCAUCGCCGCACCAAACACCGUCUGCAGCAGCAGCAACGGCAGCACGAGAUCAACCUCAUCGCGUACCGCGAAGCACACAACUACUCCUCUGUGCCCUUCUACUUCAGGUUUUUGCCUAACUACCUCCUGCCUGACUACGAAGAGGUGGUCAACCGGCCGCAGACUCCUCCCCCGCCCUACAGUGCCUUACACACUGGCCCGUCCUCACUGGCUUCGAGCCCGCUGGCUCACGAGCAGCAGGAGGGACACUGUCCAACCAUCCAGUCAACUCCGGUGCCCCCGGUCUCCGACACUGUGUGUUGCAGACCCAGCAUAGAGGAGCCGCAAUCCCUCCCCUCAGACUUGAGGCCAAAGCCGGACAACAAGCCCUCGCAGACUGCGCACGAGUCAAGCGUGAUACUCCUCUCCGAUGGGCUCAACAACCGGGAGGGGCCCACCAGCCGGGAGAAGAGAAGCAAAAGCGGGGGCGAAUCCUGCAAAGACCCACUGCUGAAGGACCCAUCAGAGGGUUGUGCCGAGGACAAAGAUCGACUCCCCAAAGGAAGAAGGAGGCGAUUCACGGGAGACUCUGGGAUUGAGGUGUGUGUGUGCGGCACGCGUGGUUUUAGUGGGGCUGAAGGGGCAGGCCAGGAGGGCAAGGAGUUAAGGGAGCUAGAGAGCCUGCUGGGGCGCGAGGGACCUGAGGAGGAGGAAGAGGAAGAGGAGGAGGUGGGCGACUUCUGCGACAGCUGCGGCCAUCGAGCCUCCUACGGCGCGGAGGAGGAGCAGGCACUGGGCGGGCCGGACAGACGGGUUACACGCGGAUCGCCGGGAACUCCUCAGCCGGCUCCCCAGACAGGUAGCGCCCCACUCCACCCUCCGGUGUGCCUCCUCCUGCACACCAUCAACGAGCAGGAGGGGCCGCACCACGGCACCAGCACUGAGCCUCAGGGCUGAGACGCAGAUGGAAAGACAGGACACGAGGGACAGAGCAUGGAGGCCUGCGCUUUUGUAUGUGAGCACACAAUGUCUAAAUACUUUGUAUUUUAUAGAAUGUGCGCAUCUUGGAUGAAAACAGGUGUGGGGAGCAAGA